AUGCAACCAAAACCGGAUUAUUCGCAAGGUGUAUAAAACGCGAGUAAGCAGACCUCAGCAGUAUUCUACGAGCACCCUUUCGAGAGGACACUCAGCAUCACUUGAAGAAGACAUAAACAAUCAUGAAGGUGUUGGCAGUUGUGCUCCUUGUGGGAUUCCUGGCGAUAUGCCAGAUCGAGGGACACAAAGGCAGCAGAAGAGGAGAAUCUUCAGGAACCAAAAGAGCCUGUUACGACCUCCUGAAACCCAGCAAUGCGACGCUGUUCAAAGCCAUCCAGGAUCUGGCCGCUAACCAAACCCUGUUCAAUCAGUCUCUUCUAGACAUGUCAUCCCACAAAGGUAUCAUGGGCGCCAUUGAAUUCAUCAUCCUGAAAAAUGCAACGGUGAUCGGGGCUGACAACCUGAUAAAUCUGGCCCAGGCCACCACUUACCUGACAACCAAACUCGACGCACUCUCCCCACCCAACCAGCAAUUGAAGGAUGCCGUUCUUGCCCGGAUCGCUACUUGCGUCACACAGGCCAACGCUCAGACCUCUGUCUUCAGAAGGGCCUGCACUUUCCGGAAAUGCAUUUGCGGAGACAGCGACAGGAAUGACUCUUCUGAGGGCUAAGGAGUUUGGAUACAGACUGGAUGCUCCUUAAACCUUCCUCCCAGGAAUAUUGACUCCACCAACUACAAUAUUGUACUACUCCCAAGGAAAUGGAACUUUAGUGUUCAAUUUGGCAGCAUGACAGAUUUUCAAAAUUAAACUGAAGCAUUAC